AUGAGCUACGGGAUGUGGGACAUUGCCCGGCUGUUGGAGCAGUGGGCAUGUGCAAAGGCGAAAGGUAGCCGCACCGUCGACACACUCUCGACGAUGCAGAAGGAAUGCAGCGCGAUCAUCAACGGCACUCUCAAAACGGUUUCGCAAUCACGACAGGCCCUCAUGAACUACGCCAACUACGAUACGAAGGUCGUUGAACGAUACCAGACCAAGCUCAUGGGCUGGACCUACCGUGAAUUCAAGAGCCCGUUCGACAUCCACACCAUCGACGAUGUUCGCACAUUACUGGAGGCACUUCAAUGCGGUAGGUGCUGUUGGGUAAGGAUGACCAGAAGCGACAUAAAUCACCACAAAGAUGACGUUAGCAAGAGAAUCGCAGCGGGUGAAAAGGUGGGGAAGGCAAGGCAGCCGAGGUCGGACAAAGGUGUCAAGAGGCCGCGGAAGAAAGCACCAGGGACAGGGGAAGGCGAGGACGAUGGGGCCCCACCAGCGAAGAAGCAGAAGAGGGGGAAAGCCGUGCCCGAGACGCGCGCUACGACAACCAAGAAAGCGCCCAAGAAAUCCAAGAAAUCCCAGCUGCCCCCCACCCGUCCCACCAGCAACGAGUUUGUUGAGAGCGAUGCUGAUGUUGAUAGUGCCUAG